UCGCUCUCGGUUCGGCUUGGGCUACGGAACUUUUGUCAAUUUACCUUCCACCUAACUUGCUUUUUUUCCAGCUCCGCUAAGCGCCCCCCGAUUGCCCCUCACCGGUCGAUCCGAGAAAUACCAUUGCAUUAGAAGUUUUUUCUUUCUUUCUUUGUAUGUAAACAUUCAAUUCAGCUACGUACAACGAAGGUAAACAGGAUUUGAAUUUGACAAGUUUUUCUGCUCUUUCCAAGACCUUGUUCCGCACGCAUCAAAAACGUUGUACCUUUGUACGAACUCAAGUAUAUCAUGGCGAACUCGUCGUACUCAGGCUACAACCCAAAUUCGAACUUGAAUAUCCCGUACUCGAGCUACGAUGGGGGUCGAGGCUACGGUUUCGGUCACGGUCCAGAGCGUUUUUCCGAUUCGAAACCAGAGAACCCGUACGGGAUACAAGAACAAGAACAAGAAGUAGGUCCGCAUUCUUCUUACUAUGAUGAAGAUAACUCUGGUAUGCCCGUCGAGUCCGCUCGUCAAAACCUCUCACAUCCCGAAAACCCUGCCGACAAUUACUGUGGACGCUCAGGACACUCACAACACCCGUUAGGACCCUCUUCUCAAAAUUCGAGGGUUUACAAUCCGUCUUCCGAGUUACCUUCUUCUUUUGUUUUUUCCUCCUUGGGUCCUACGAGACCUGCACAAGUUCCUUCUGAGCGGGAGCACCCUCGUCGUGAUCAUUUUCCUCAAACCAGUCACACUAAUGAUCAUCUCAACCAGCUCAAACAAUCCCGGGACUCCCAUAAUGAUUCUAUUAGUAUCAGCCACGUCUCGAACCGUCACUUCAGUGACCGGUACCAUCAUCACGAUGGCGAGCCCGAGUGGGACCACAGCGAAUUCCCAGGUCGUCGUCAGCCUGAGGUUCCGAAUGGGAUCGCAGGUACUCCGAGAGGUUCAGGGUAUUUUGACAAUAACAAAAUUAAUCGUGACGGGUCGGCGGCGUCGGUGCGUCCGUUGCAGGGCGUUGAGGCGAGUACCGAGUUACGGUCAGGUUCCUCCUCUUCAUCCUCCUCGGGCUCUGCCAAGUCCAAUAAUUCAUUGCCUAGACAUGGUCGUCGUGCGCCUUCUAUGCGAGUAGUAGUACCGUCGUACACCACGCAACAGGAACUUGUCCAUUGGGAUGAAACACUCCAUCGGCGCUCGGAAGGUGGAUUGGGUUCGGGUUCGGGUUCGGCAUGGUUACGGGAGUGUGUAGACUCGAAGAUGGAGAUGGGAGGGAGCAACUCGAACUUGAUGCAGACCGAGACUCCGCGGACGCGGACAUCAACUUUGACGUUGACAGAAAAUCUCAUCGCGUGCGGAGCGAAAGAGUUGCAAGAGAUUUUCGAGAUUUGGGAAGAGGUGAGUUGUUCGAUGAAUAAGUAGUCCGGGGUUAGUACAACGCAUAUAUGCAUAAAUAUUUAUGCUGGUUUCAACAGUGUCGCGUAAAAUCCCGGAAGGAGGGAACGGUUCCGAGACUGGUGUUUCAGAGAGAAUCGGGACAAAGGGGAGAAGGAGAAGGAGAACGGGGACGAGGAGAGGAACGAAACCGACAUGGAUAUCGAGAUAAACAACAAGGACUCAAUGGUCAACGACGAGAACCUCGAGAAAAUGAUAAGCUUCCGAAAUUUAGCUCUCGAGUCAAUCG